AGGAAAACCACCAGUUGGGCACAUAGACAAGAAUAUCAUCACAAUAUAAAGUUCUCAUCUUCUCUUCUCUUUCUUUUCUCCUCUGUGUAUUGUGUGUGUUUCAAGAAGAAGAAUAAAAACAACAAUAAGUUCCAAGAUUUUUUACUUUAAGAUGGAUAAUAAUAGAGUUGAAGCUUAUGUGUUUAAUUUCUCCGGCGAUAAUUCUUCUGAUGAAUCUCAUCCGGCGUUACCUAGUUGGUUAUCUCCUUCUGAUUCCUCCUCUUCUCCUUGCUCCUCUGCUUCUUCUUCCAUCGGGAGGAACAGCGACGACGGUGAAAAGUCGUCGGAAGACGGUGGUGAUGACGCCGGAGAUAAUGAAGUUGAGUCUCCCUACAAUGGCCCUCUCCAAAUGAUGGAAUCUCUCGAACAAGUCUUACCUGUUAGGAAGGGGAUAUCCAAGUAUUACAAUGGAAAGUCAAAGUCUUUCACCAAUCUAAAGGAGCAGGCAGCGUCAGCGUUGACUUCUUCUUCCUCCAUGAAAGACUUAGCCAAGCCGGAGAAUCCCUACAGUCGCCGUCGGAGGAAUCUUCUCUGCCAUCAGAUUUGGGAGAACAGCAAGACGACUCCACGCGGCGGGAUCUCGAAGAAACACGUCAUGAGUUCGAGCAGGAGUGCGUUGACGCUUGCCAUGGCGGUUGCUGCCGGGGUGAUGACCGGAGAAGGAUCUUCCUCCGGUGGAGACUCGUCGCCAGGAUCGAGUCCGACGACAUCUGGAUCUCCUCCGAGGCAGAGGGAUCAUAAAGAUCAGAUGAUGAAGCUUCUGCCUCCGUUGUAUCCUAGGAGUCAAGGGUCUUUUAGUAAUUUGACUUCGUCUCAGUCGUCGUUGGGUUUUUGUGCCUGGAGAUCUUAUUCGGUGGCUGAUUUUCCGAGGUGUUUUCCGGCGACGGCGAGUGGGAUCGGAUCUAGUGACUCUUAGGAAAUCUAUAUAACAACAAUUGUUUUGUUAAAUUUUUAAUAUUUUGAAGUAACAACAUCCCGGAGAAUGUAUAGUAAGAGUUUCAAAACUUUUGAAUGAAUCCACAUCUUUUUUUCAUCA